GCAGUCGGUUUAUUCUCUCAGCCAGACCAGCGGAUAGAAACCAGGAUGCGACGGUGCUAACAGCGUCGCAUCUAGUAAGCGGUCUGAUUAAAUCCAAUUCCUUUGCAAAACAUCAUGCGGAUGCUUUAGGAUUUGUGGACCGCAGUGGUUAGUGCGUUAGGUUAUAGACGUCGUGCUUAAGCGCAGGUGCGCUGUUUCGCUGUACCGCAGGAUGGACUUCAAGCAGCUAGUGGACGCGGCUGAAAAAUGGUGCGCUGGCAACCCCUUUGAAUUGAUCUUCGCCGAGGAGCUAGAUGAACGCCGAAUGGACUUUUACGCAGAACCAGGGAUCUCGUUUUAUAUUCUCUGCCCUGAAAUGACUGGAGGUACCGACACUUUUCAUGUUUGGAGUGAAAGUGAGGACUGUCUGCCCUUCCUGCAGCUGGCCCAGGACUACAUCUCCUCAUGUGGAAACAAAACUCUUUUGGAGGUUCUUGACAAAGUCUUUAGAUCCUUCAGACCUCUCCUGGGUCUUCCAGACAUUGAUGACGACACAUAUGAGCAGUACCAUGGAGAUGUGGAAGAGGAAGCAGAGACAGACCAUCAGCAAAUGGGUGUUAGCCAGUAAUAAUGCUCUGUGUAGUGGCUCUGCCAUUUAUGAGCAAGAGCAUCUGUUUAUUUCAGCUUCUUUUUUCUUCCAAGACAUUUUACAUUUACCUGUAGUGUUUUAUUAAAUGCACUACUACUCUAAAUUUCACAAAUUCUUAACAAUAACAGCCUGUUAUUGCACGGUUACAUCCAUUAAUAUACUGCAUAAAGGUACUCCUGGUAGAAAUGUAAUAUCUCUCCUGUUUUAUUUGUAAACAAUAUGAACCAUAUUAUAAUCCACUUUAAACCUUGUUUGACUCUAAGAAGCAACAGCAGACA